AUGAGUUCUUCGUCAUCAACUGUUUUAUCUGAGAAACAAGUACAGCAAGUUGAUAACCUACUUACUGCGAAAGACGACGACCAUGGUGGUGUCAUAGUAGAGAUGACCCCUGAGCCCCUAGACUCGAGUAUAUUCGUUUCGCUGCUCAGAGCUUCACUUUCUCAUUGGAGGCAACAGGGUAAGAAGGGUGUUUGGAUCAAACUGCCUAUCGAGCUUGUAAAUCUUGUUGAACCUGCUGUUAAGGAAGGAUUUUAUUACCAUCACGCCGAACCAAAAUACUUGAUGCUUGUGCAUUGGAUUCCUAAUACUGUUAAUACUCUCCCAGUGAAUGCCACACAUCGAGUGGGUAUUGGUGCUUUCGUCAUGAAUGAAAAGAAUGAGCUGCUGGUUGUCCAAGAAAAGAGUGGAAGAUUCCGUGGAACUGGCGUGUGGAAGUUACCCACAGGAGUUGUUGAUGAGGGGGAAGAUAUUUGUGAUGCGGCAGUGAGAGAAGUAAAAGAAGAAACAGGAGUUGACACGAAAUUUGGGGAGGUACUAGCCUUUAGGCAAAGCCACAAGUCCUUUUUUGACAAGUCAGAUUUAUUCUUUGUGUGCAUGAUGCACCCUCUCUCCUUUGACAUCCAGAAGCAGGAAUCGGAGAUAGAGGCAGCUCAGUGGAUGCCGUUGGAGGAAUAUGCAGCUCAACCUUUUGUCCAAAAACAUGAGCUUCUUAAGUACAUUGCUGACAUGUGCUUUGUUAAGAAAAAGGGGACGUAUUGUGGAUUCUCUCCAGUGCCUACAUUAGCUGCUUUUUCUGAUAAGAAGAGCUAUUUGUACUUAAAUAGGCAGUGCCUAGACAGCCUCUAA